AAAAUUGUUUCCAAAGAUGAUUUUGGAGAAAAUCUUCACUUUAAUGCAACGAAAGACUUUAAUGUCCUUUUGACUCAAAUUAUGAAUAAAGAAACUCCAAGGAGAUCUUUAUUUUCUCUGCCAUUCCGCUUAUUUGAAGGUGAAGGGUUGACAAUUGGAAUCAGAGGAGCGAAGCCUACGCAUAAAUUAGUUCAUAUGAAAGCUGAGACAACACGUGUUGUUGAAACAAAGACAAAAUGGAUUUGUGCGGACACUGCUCAAGAAUUAAUGUCUGAAGAUAUGAAGUUAUGUUUUUCAUAUGGAGGCGAAAAGAUUGUCUUUACGAAAGAGGAAUUAACAAAAAUCAGAGACUUUGGUGAAAAAGGUUUAACACUUAUUGGAUUUAAACCUACAAGUGCACUUAAAUAUCACUAUAAUAUUGCACACCCAUAUUUUAUAUAUCCUGAUGAAGAACAAUAUGAAGGUAGUAGAAGGACUUUUGCAGCUUUACAUAAAAAGAUGAUCGAAAAAGAUAAAAUUGCUAUAUGUGCCGCAAAAAUUCGCAAUGGAACUCCUUUUACAUUUGUUGCUCUAAAAGCUCAA